UACUUUAUCUUUUCAUAUAUCACUCAGAUAUUCAUGUAAAAUGAUUGUGCAUUUGUGAUUUACUACAAUUGAUCAUAUUCGUGAUGAGCUUGUAUUUAUGUGUACAGAGUCUUUUCAGCAGCUGUUGAGCGGCUACUGUAACACGGUCUGCUGCUGGCAGCUCCUCCCAUCCAGCUAUAAGAGCCCAGCUGACCAGGUAGUCAGGGUCCAUCCUUAAAGUAGGCCAGUGAAAACUGACUUAUGAAAACACAGCUCAUUUAAAAAAAAAAAAAAAAAAAACAACGUAUUUUUUCGCAGGUGGUUAUAUGCAGCCUUUGUGUCAUACUGAGAUGUAGGAAAAGUCCCCGAUUUUGUUUUCGGACUAACCUAACAGAGGAUCUGGAGCAGGGACCGGUAGCUUUUAACGAUGACUUUUGCCAUGCUGCGGCCUGUGGCGACGCACUUAAUCUAUUCAGACCUCACUCUCAUGUCCGAGGACGAUGAAAACCGCAGCGAAAGCGACGGUAGCUCGGAGCGAAGUUACUGUGACUCCAAGGAGAAACGCAGGAGGAUUUCUCGCAAACUGGAAGGAGACUCCCCGGUGGUUAUCAAACAGAGGAGCGCCGCUAACGCCAGGGAGAGAGGCAGGACCCAGAGUGUCAACACCGCGUUCACAGCUCUUCGGACUCUCAUACCCACCGAGCCAGUGGACAGAAAGCUCUCCAAGAUUGAAACUCUCCGCCUGGCAUCCAGCUACAUUUCCCAUCUGGCCAACGUGCUUCUCAUUGGAGACGGCGGCGCUGACGGACAGCCGUGCCUCGGCGCGGUCCAUGUGCAGGGAGAGAGCGGGGCGAAGCAGCCGCGGACCAUCUGCACCUUCUGCCUGAGCAACCAGAGAAAAGGGAUAAAGGAUGGCAAAGACUGUAUAAAAAUGCGAGGACUGGGUCCACUGCGAAUGAGACGCUGACCGGAGACCAGUCAGUGAUCAGCAACCUGAAAAUAAUCAAAGACUUUCUCAGGGAAGAGUCAAAGCUGGCGUUACAAGGCACACACACACUCACUCACACAUAUGUAAAUGUACACAUGCUGGAUCAAAUUAUGGAAGAAAAAGAGAGAAAAGACUAUUUAUACUUGACUGAGAAAUUUAAGCAUAAGCCUUUCAAAG